ACGAACGUCGCCGAGUGAAGCCGAGCGGAUGAGGAUCAGCUGACUGACGAAGGUCUGUCCUUCGAUGGAUUGUUCUUCAUUUGUGUAGAGAAUUAAACUGAAAACCAGCACCUGAUCGAUCGAUUGAUAGAGUGGAGAAAACCCAGACAUGCCGUCGCUUUUGUUCUGCGGGCCGAAGAUGGCUGCGUGCGGGAUCGUGAUCAGCAUCUGGGGGGUCAUCAUGCUGGCCAUGUUGGGGAUCUUCUUCAGCGCCAAGUCGGCCGUCCUGAUCGAAGACGUCCCAUUCACCGAGGAGGACAUCAGGAACGAUAAAAAUCCUCCCCAGAACAUCUACAGCCUCUACAACCAGGUGGGCAUCAACUGCUUCAUCGCCGCCGCCAUCUACGUGGCGGUGGGCGCCGUCUCGCUCUGCCAGGUGCGGCUCAACAAGCGGCAGGAGUACAUGGUGACAUAAAGACCUGCGGCGGUCCUACCGGGACCCGUGAAGACACCGUCUCCUGCUGAUCUGACUGGUUGAGAUGAAUGAGGGGGUGGGGUCUUGUGGCAUCUAGCCCCGCCCACUUGUCCAUAAAUUAAUAUUUAUUUAGGAUUUAAAUGUUUAUUGUUGGUGUUGAAAUGUUCCAUCAUUCCUCUGAGUUCAUGAAAGCAGCCAGACAUGAACCACUGGACCCAGAUGUGGUUCAGGAGACCAUCUCACCUCCCCUCCGACCCCCCAACCCUCCUGACGGUCCGACCCUCCGGACGCUUUCUGAACUUUAAAUGUUACAUGAAAUAAAAAAAGAUAAUUGUGUCUUUAUGUUGAUCGAGAUGAUAAAAACUUUCUGUUGGAUGAUCCUGUUCAAUAAAGUUUGUUUGUGAG